AAAUAUCCUAGCUUACGUCGUAAAAUUGUUCGGUGGUUGCACUUCCUGUGAAAACGUCGUCCUCUUACAUCAUACAUUUAAAUGUUUUAAACUGUUUAUUAACGUCUCUUCGUUUUUAAAUAGUGUUCACUAACAGCUGCGCUGAAGAACUUGUCUUGAAUGCGACUUCACAUGUUUACACUACGAUGGUGACCGCAGUGGAGCUGCUGGGGCUCCUGCUGGUGUCGGUGCUGUGGGGCUGCACCAACCCGCUCCUGAAGAGAGGCACGGAGGGGAUCGAACACGUGACGGAGACCAGCAGAGUCUCACAGCUGCUGGCUGAGGUCAAGUUCCUGUUCCUGAACCUCAAGUACCUGGUCCCAUUUCUUCUGAACCAGAGUGGCUCUUUGGUCUACUAUUAUGUACUUUCCACCACAGAGUUAUCUCUUGCUGUUCCCGUGGCCAACUCCCUCACUUUCCUUUGCACCCUGCUCACCGGCAAGUUACUGGGCGAAGAGUUUGGAGGCAAACACGCUGUCGCAGGAAUGUUCCUUACUAUGACUGGCAUCACCCUGUGUGUUAUAAGCUCCAUUGAUGACAAAGACGCUGGGCAACAGAAUACGACGCAGACUGUACACUAACAGAGGAUUAAAGCAAAUUAUUCUCCACCUUCAAGUGAUUCCUCAGCAGGGAAGGAAAGAAGGCCUAAGCAGUGUUGGAGUAGGACUGAAGGGGGGGGAAUUUAGAUUCAGACAGUGACUCUUUAGAGCAACUGCUCUGGUGGGAGAAUUGUGCCUAAAUGAACUCAGCGUGAGCUUCAAAAGACCUGUCAAGAAACCCUUACACCAAGUUGAAGGGGAAGUGGGUUCAUCCAGGGUUCACUUCAGGCCUAGACUAGAUUUAUGGCGCUUGCAUAGAAGUCGGUGGUUGUUAACUUUUACUUUUAAGCACUCUGCUGCCUCGCCAUCUGACUGGCAUCUGCAUAAAUGCUAUAGAGACCACAUGCAAAUAGGGCUGGGGUUUGAAAUGGACCAAUUAGGUUUAACCUCCUGGUUUAACAGGGACAUUUUACUGCACUUGCCUUCUGUCUGCUGUGGUGGGUGUUUUGGGAAUAGCAGGACACAGAAAACGACAAAUAUUUUUUUUAGCUCAAGCAUAAAGAUGUUUUUUAUUUCGUAUUUUCUUCUCUUUAUUCUUCCCCUGCUGCUUUGUAUAUGUGAUGUAUUACUAUGGUAGAUAUGCCACUGUUAUUUUCUAAAGUUCUUUGUGAGGAAGACUUACAGGGAGUUAGUUGUUAACAGUGAGGAGUGAUAUGUUUUAUGUUCUGGAAACAUCUUUCAGAAAUAGAAAUGAACAUAGUAAUAUAUAUUUUUAUUCUCACAGUAUUGAAUUGACACAAAACACUGUACAGAUGACUUUGCUGUUGUUGCAUCUAUUCAGCUUGAGA